AUGUUGCCCUCCGUGGCGGCGUUUCCGUCGGUACAACCGCAUCAUCAUCUUCCUCACUAUCACACUACCGACUCCGCUAAUCCACCCUUCGACUCUAAUGCUGCAUCUUUCCUCCCAUCGCUUCCUCGCGGUGCAUAUAGCAAGGAGUCCUUGCUGUCGCUUUCUCGCACCCGAUUCCAAUAUCCACAUCCGGUUCAACGUCUGGGACUUCAUGAUCCUGCUAGCCCCAAAUCCAGUUCGAAAAGCGACGCUCAACAUGCAUUGAGGAGGAAAACGCCGAACGGAACUCUGGCUGCUGGAUACGAUGGGACCCCAGGCGAUACUGCGAUUCAACCACCGGCGACAAAGCAUAUCCUGGUUUCACCGUUGGAUUCUAACCAGCUUGUGCCCCCUCAGGCGGGGUUCGCCCUGGACAACUGGCAGCAGGCGAUGAUGGACCAAUCUUCUACCGCCAAACACAUGAACUUCCCGCCUGUUUACAAAAAUGAUCCUGGUCGAGUUAAUGUCGCACCCGGGGAGAUAGUACCGGAUUUCAACGGGGCGAGCUGGGUCCGCUCACUGAACUAUAUGCCAGGGGCAGACUCGAUGCUCAACCAGUCCUUGCCAAUGCAGCCAGCGCAGCAGAGAUUCUUCAUGCAAAAUGGCUCCUACGUCCCCACCGUUCUACCAGCGACUUUACAACCAUGUCUCGGCCCCACAGCGUCGGCCGGAGCUGGUCCAUACGGGCCAUAUUGGCCCGACGGUGUGUACAUUCCUUAUCGUCCGGCGGCCUUUCGGGAUACGCGCUACAACCUCCCGGUCUCGCUAAGCAAAACAAUAAAUCACCACUCCGCCCUGCCUCUUUUCGAUACUGGGCAGCAGCAGUGUUUGAACCCGAUCCCUCUGCCAAAUAGCCAUGGCGAAGCGGGUUUCGGGUGGAAUGCCACCCCUCAGGGAAUGCUCUGUCACGAUGCGUCAGUGAAAGCAAACUUCCCUCCUCGUCAUUCUGAUCAGAAGCCACUGGACUCCACAUUGAAUCACCGCAUUUUGGCAUAUCAUACCCGUACUGAUCCUAAUGCCAGCUUUGCAACACAGCAACAUGGCGCUGAAUUCUCGGCACUGCCUGGGUCGAACGGGCAAGGGUACCCGAACACAUAUACCAGUGUGCUGCACUCACGCACUGCAAACGUUGAAUUCAAGGAAAAGAUUCUGUCAUGGGCUCAUGGUGUCUAUGUUGAUCUACUUGCAUCCAUCCAUCAUGCGCGACGAAACAGUGUCUCAACUGCCGAUGGUGAUGGGCAAGCCCAGCGAUUCAUGAAACCAAGAAUAUAUCCUAAACCACCACGUCAACCUGGCCUAGAUUUCUCUCAGACCAGUGCUCCGGAAUUCCAUCGCCACAACAGCUACCCCUCAAGCCAGUAUGAUGCGCCUGUUAGGGCCAACUCCAUGGGCAACAACAGGCCAACGGCUUCCACGUCCUCCUUUUCUGGCCAUCACCGUCCUUCUGGCGGCCAUUUCCAACACACUGCGGCGUCGGAUACGCAGAUGAUGGACAGGCUCCGACAUCCUGGUCGAUUGGCAGUUCCGGCGCCCGCCUCUCGGUUCUCCCUUACGUCACUCCGCGAGACCUCACCCACAGCGAAUGCUAUGUCUGCUCUUGAGAUGUUGUCAAAUCUUUGCAUGGAGAGUGGCUGGGAGUGGAUCGACGGGAUGCUCCUAGGCGGUUGCCUUGCGUAUGGACUUGGCGAUUACCACAAGGCUAUGAGAUGGUAUUCGCGGAUCAUCGCACGGGAUGCAACACAUGUAGAGGCGAUAUCGAACCUUGCAGCUACGCUCCUUGCGCUUGAGCGCCGCGAAGACGCUCUGCAGCAUUGGCUUCGCGCUGUGAAAUUGCGCCCUAGCUUCUUCGAGGCUGUCGAGCACUUAAUCGGACUGUACUGCACCAGCCACCGCGGCAAAGAAGCCGUGAGGAUCAUCGAUUACGUCCAGAACUCUCUACGCUCGCCCCAGAACGGAGACUGUUUCACCGCCGAUGAGCAUGCGAGCGAGACCGAGAGCGAUGCUGACAGCAGGGCGUCGAGCGUGGGAUCUUACGAAAAGGCCUCAUUCGAUUAUGAUGACGACCUUGGCCAGUCAAUGGUUGGCAGUCGGAAUCCAUCAGAAGCAAGUUCCGUUGGUUUUGGCUCGAGUGGCUAUGCCAUUCCUGGGUGUGACAAUGGCAGGAUGCUUGCUCUGGUGCAUGCCAAGGGUAACAUGCUCUAUGCGCUGGGUGACAAUACAGGCGCUGCGGCAGCGUUUGAGGAUGCUGUUUUGAUUGCUGCGGGGAGAAGACGCCAUGGUAUCCAAAGUCUGAUCAAACAGAUCUUUGCUGCUUUCUCUCAGGGAUCCCGUCAAGGUUAUCCGCCAAUGGAUUCUCAUGAUUUCAGAGAAACCAUUCUUCUCUACCCGGACAAAGCUCUCCAGACUUCGAAGCUGGUCUUCGCCCCCUGUGGAACUCCCCCGGGGAUCAUGUUUGUAGCCGAGGGUCUCGCAAGGAAAGCAGCAUUGUCGACUACAAGCAAUUCGCUGCUCUCAUUGGCCAAAAUCUACCAAGAUGGUAUGUCCAACGUCUCUGGCUCAGGGCCCCCCCGAAAAUCUCCUGGCGUUCGGGAUAUCUUGGCUCUUUAUUACCUCUCGCUAUCUCUUCAGCCGAGCCCGUCGACAGCGAACAAUGUCGGUAUAUUGCUCGCGGGGAUCCAGAAUAAUGCAACCGUCAGGCAGCCAUCUCGCCCCAGCGGGGAAGUUCAACACCCACAAAUUCCUGGUGUAGUUCCGGGCAGUGGAAUCUCACUUGCAUUGGCGUAUUACAACUAUGGGUUACACCUGGAUUCGCGGCACGCGCAUCUCUACACUAACCUUGGUAGUCUGCUCAAAGAUAUUGGGCAACUCCAGGCCGCUAUACGUAUGUAUGAGCAGGCUGUGCAUUGUGACGGUACUUUUGAUAUAGCCUUGGCAAACCUGGCGAACGCCGUCAAGGACGCUGGUCGGGUCAACGAUGCGAUCGGCUAUUACAAACGGGCCGUGAAAGUGAACCCUGAUUUUGCCGAGGCAGUCUGCGGACUGGCGAAUGCCCUGAAUUCCGUCUGCAACUGGGUUGGUCGUGGCGGCGUUGCGAAGGGCCACGGAUUCCGCGAUCGCUGGCACGUCAAUGAGCAGGGCAUGCUUCGGGAUGCGUCCAGCAACGAGACCGGUGCCGGUUGGAUAUCGCGUGUUAUUGAUAUAGUUAAUCGCCAGCUCAAAGAAGGGGAAACCUGGGGUCGUGGCAUCUUAACACCGGCUAUGAUUGAACAGUUUUGCGCUCAACUUGCCCCCGCGCUGGAGUCUCGUCGGUCGGCGUCGGGAUCUCUGGCUGCUAUCCUGCAGUCCUGGGCGGGCCAGAAAUGGGAAGGCUCGCGGAUCGUGAGACUGGUCGAGCGCGCGAACCGGUCAAUUACCUGGCAAUGGUACCAAGAUCGCUAUAUCUAUGGCAAAGAAUACCCGCUUGCCAAAUACCAGCGACCCCAACUUCCAUUGGGUCUUGUUGCGCCGAAUGCGCCCACUGUACUUCCGUUCCAUACCUUCACCUGCCCACUUUCCGCCAAACAGAUCCGUCAGAUCUCGCAAAGGAACGGGCUUCGGAUCUCGUGCUCGACCCUCCGUUCACCAUGGCUUCCGGCCACGGUCUACCCACCCCCACCCCCACCGAACCCCUACCUCAAGGUCGGUUACGUGUCAUCGGACUUUAACAACCAUCCCCUCGCACAUCUGAUGCAAUCCGUUUUUGGCCUGCACAACCCGUCCAAGGUUAAAGCAUACUGCUACGCGACCACUGCGAGCGAUAAGUCGGUGCACCGCCAACAGAUCGAGAAGGAAGCCCCCGUGUUCUACGAUGCCAGCGGGUGGCCGGUCGAGCGCCUCGUGAAGCAGAUUGUUGACGACGGGAUUCAUAUCCUCAUUAACCUUAACGGAUACACACGAGGCGCACGCAACGAAGUCUUUGCUGCCAGACCUGCGCCGAUCCAUAUGUCCUUCAUGGGCUUUGCAGGGACAUUAGGCGCGGAAUGGUGUGAUUACAUUCUUUCGGACGAGCUUUCGAUCCCUUUCGAGACGCUUGGGCCCGGAAGGCGCCACGCUCGCAUCGAGGAUCGACUCUUGGAGGAAGAUUACGGUGAGGAGCUCGAGGACUGGGUCUACGGGGAGAAGAUUGUGUUUACGCGCGACACCUUCUUUUGCUGUGACCAUCGACAAAGCGCCCCCGAUGCGCAAGAUGCGCGCAUCUCCUGGGAAGAGGAACAGGAGCGACGCUGGCGGAUGCGCAAAGAGCUGUUUCCCAACCUCAGCGAUGACACCAUUAUUCUUGGCAAUUUCAACCAACUGUAUAAAAUUGAGCCAACAACUUUCCGUACGUGGCUACGUAUAUUGGCACGCAUCCCGAAUGCGAUUCUUUGGCUGCUUCGCUUCCCGGAACUGGGCGAGCAGAAUCUCCGCGAAACGGCCAUUGCUUGGGCUGGCCAGGAGACCGCGUCUCGGAUCAUCUUCACCGAUGUUGCGCCGAAGAACACGCAUAUAGCUCGGGCGAAGAUCUUGGAUUUGUUCCUCGACACUCCCGAGUGUAACGCCCAUACAACCGCGACGGAUGUGUUGUGGAGUGGGACGCCGUUGUUGACCUUCCCCCGCUAUAAGUAUAAGAUGUGCUCUCGGAUGGCGAGCAGCAUCCUCAGUAGCGCGCUGCCCAACUCCGAGGCAGGCCACAAGGCUCGCACGGAGUUGAUGGCGGUGUCGGAUGAGGAUUACGAAGAGAAAGCUAUCCGCCUUUGCCUCAGCCUUCAGUACAAAAACGGAUGCGGCGGACAGGCGCGAGGCAGGCUGACCGAUCUCCGUCGGAUGUUGUUCGAGGAGAGAUGGGGCAGCCGGUUAUUUGAUACCCAACGCUGGGUUCGUGAUUUGGAGAAUGCUUAUGAUCAGGUUUGGAAACGAUGGGUGAAUGGCGAAGAAGGUGAUAUCUGGUUAUGA